GAGAGAACCGCGCGCAUUCAUAACGAGUGGGCACCAUAACCAAAAUCACGCACUGUCAUUCAUGCGUUUGGUCUUCAUCCGAAGCUUUUGACGGACUGUCUUAAAACAAAACGAGGAUGAAGGAAGAGUCACGCGGGUUCUGUUUUCUUAAAUGUUUUUUAUUCAUCAUCAGCGCCCGGCAAUGGGUGUCCGCGAGCAGGAACCUGCGCCCGUGCAAUGAGACAGACUACUACUAUGAGUAUACAGAGUGUGACAGUGCAGGGUCUCGAUGGAGGGUGGCCAUCCCCCACAAUCUGGGCACCUGCUCAGCCCUGCCUACUCCCACCAGAGGAACAGACUGCUCAUUCUCGUGUGCGGCGGGAGAGUUCCUAGAGAUGUCCGCUCAGCAAUGUACGACGUGUGCGGCCGGCUCCUAUUCGCUGGGCAGUGGGGUGCGUUUCGACCAAUGGGAUACUAUCCCUGCCGGCUUCACCAGCCUGGCCACCUACAUGGACCCAGGACCCAGUGUAGAGGAGAGUCAGGCCUGUAAUAGCUCGUCGUGGACGCCGCAGGGCGUGUAUCUGGAGUCUAGUCGUGAUGAGUGCACCGUGUCUCUGGUCUACGCUGUGCAUCUGGAGCAGCAGGGCUCUGUCUCCUUCAGCUACCAGUACCCUGACAACAACAUCUUUUUUGAGUUCUAUGUCCAGAACGAGCAGUGUCAGGAGAUGGCCCAGACCGACGAUCAGAAGUGGAUCAAACUCACCACCAACGGAGAGUGGGACACACACACGGUGAAUCUGAAGUCUGGCACUAACAUACUGUACUGGAGGACGACAGGGAUCCUGGUCGGAGGGAAGAUGGUUAAACCAGUGUUGCUCAGGAACAUCCAGAUUGAGGGUGUUGCCUACACCUCGGAGUGUUUCCCGUGCCGACCAGGCUGGUUUAGCUCCGCCCCUGGCUCCUCCUCUUGCCAGCCCUGCCCCAGGAACACAUCGUCUAACAAGGGAGCCGCCUCCUGUACUCCCUGCCCCGACACACAGUACUCACAUGAAGGAUGGUCACAGUGUAAGGAGAGGCCUCCAUGUUCAGAGAAGGAUUACUUUCAGAUCCACACAGCCUGCGACAGCGAGGGAAAGACGAAGGUGAUGUACCGGUGGGUGGAGCCGAGGAUCUGUGAGGAGAAUGUGACGGGCGCUGUGGCACUGCCCCCUACAGGGGAGAGAGAGGCCUGCCCACCCUGUAACCCUGGUUACUACAACACCGACGACUCCACCUGCUUCCCCUGUCCUCCUGGAACACACUCUGACGGCACCUCAGUGUGUGAGGAGUGUCCUGCGGGGACAGAGCCAGUACUGGGGUAUGAGUAUAAAUGGUGGAACGUCCUCCCUUCCAACAUGAAGACUUCCUGCUUCAACGUGGGCAACUCCAAGUGUGACGACAUGAACGGCUGGGAGGUGGCAGGGGAUCACAUCCGCAGCGGUGCUGGAGGCUCGGAUAACGAUUACCUCAUCCUGAACCUGCAUGUUCCUGGCUUCAAGUUACCCACAUCACUUGCUGGGAUGACCGGGACUGAGUUUGGCCGGAUCACCUUCGUCUUCGAGACAAUCUGCUCUGCCGACUGUGAGCUCUACUUCAUGAUGGAUGUGAACAGGAAGAGCACCACGGUGGUGGAGUCAUGGGAGGGCAGUAAGGAGAGACAGAGUUACACACACAUCAUGACCAGGAACGCAUCCGUAUCAUACACUUGGGCCUUCCAGAGGACCAACCAGGCUCAGGACGUGCGGCGGUACAUCAGUGACGUGGUGAUACUCUACUCGGUGAGCGUGACAAAUGUCCAGGAUGGCGUGGCAUCUGCGUGCCGGGCCUGCGCCCUCUUAUCCCAGAGUUCUCAGCGGCCUGGGUCGUGUAUUCCAUGCCCAGCUGGGUUCUACAUUGACAGAGACACCAACCGGUGCCAGGAGUGCCCCCCCAACACAUACCUGUCUGGUCACCACACAUAUGGAGAAGACGCGUGUCUGCCCUGUGGCCCCGGGAGUAAGAGCAACAAGGAGCACUCUCGUUGCUAUAGCGACUGCUCCUUCAGUCACACGGAGAACAACCGCACCCUGACCUUUGACCUGAGCUCUCUGAGCACCGUGGCCUCGCUCACCAUCGGCCCCAGCUUCACCUCUAAAGGCACAAAGUAUCUCCACGUCUUCAACGUCAGCCUGUGUGGACACCAGGGGACGAUGGCAGCUGUCUGCACAGAUAAUGUCACCGAUCUCGCCAACAAGGACAUGGGGAGUGAUUCCACCCAGUUCGUCAACUCAGUGGACAGCUUCAUCUGUCAAUCAACCAUCAUUCCUGCGGAUGGGCGGGGCUUCAGGAUGGCUCUGGCAUCCCAGUCUAUCAGUCUGGCUGAUACCUUCCUCGGAGCGACAGUGGACAGUGAUUUAGACGGAAUAAACGCUAGACCAGAACUCUUCUCUGACAACUCAAAAACCAUACCAGACAUCAACUUCUUCUACAGGUCUACUCAGGCGACUGGAUCCUGCCAGCGUGGUCGGAGUGCGGUCAUGACCAUACGCUGCAACCCAGAGAAGACGGACCGCGGGAAACUCACAGUGCCCAGUGCGUGCCCUGCAGGUACGUGUGACGGCUGUACAUUUCACUUCCUGUGGGAGAGUGGGAGCGCCUGUCCCCGCUGCACCCAGGAUGACUAUCACCAGAUAGAGGGAGCCUGUAAGGGAGGGGCCCAGGAGACUUUGUCUGUGUGGAAUGAGCCAAAACUAUGCAUCAAAGGCAUUUCCCUGCCAGCUAAGAGCUCCGCCCCCUGCGAGGCCAUUGCCCUAUGGCUAAAGGUGGGGGUAGGAGGCGGGGCCUUCUUAGCUGUGCUGCUCGUCUCUCUCACCUGCUAUUUCUGGAAAAAGAACAAGAGGCUGGAGUAUAAGUAUUCUCGGCUGGUGAUGUCAGCCAAUAAGGAGUGUGAGCUGCCGGUGGCAGAUAGCUGUGCCCUGGCCGAGGGGGAGGAGCCUGAGGAUGACGUGGUCUACUCCCACAAACCCUCACUGCUCGGCAAGCUCAGGGCCAUCGCCAACAAGCAGAGAGAGGGAGACAGCAGUGAGUCAGUACAGCUGAAGUCAUCCCAGUCUGAGAGAUGGGUCUGGGGGUAACGACGAGGGAAGGAAGGAAGGAAGGAAGGAAGGAAGGAGAGCGAAAGGGAAAUAGAGAAAGAAGAAGCAAGAGUUGGUAGGGUUGGCACUGAGUUCCACUCCUCUUCAUGUCUCCUGGACUCUGCUUAUUCCUGAGGACUCCAUCAUGGCUCCAGCUGCUCCAGUUUCCUUUGCAAAGGUACCUGCUCCCAUGAUUCUGACUGAAACUGGAAAGUGGUUUGGCUCCCCACCCUAGACCCUACCACACAGGGAACACAACCAUGCUUAUUGCCAUGGAUAUUGAAGGGCUGCAAAUGAAAGAAACUGUCACUGUUUUUGUAUAUUUUGUAUUGUCAUUUGGAGUUUAUCUGUACAGUCAUGUCCAAAGUAUUUAUAAUUAUUAGUGGUGUUAUGAUUUAUCUUUAUUAAAUUCUCACUUGCCUUUGGG